GAUAAGGAUAAGGAUAAGGAGAAAGAGAAAGAGGCAGAGAAGCCAAAGAAGAGGAAUAGGUGGGAUAUGUCGCAGGAUGAGAGUGGUGGUGUGAAGAAAGCGAAGGUAGGGUCAGAUUGGGACUUGCCUGACUCUACCCCAGGAAUUGGGAGGUGGGAUGCAACUCCAACGCCUGGUAGGAUUGGAGAUGCAACACCCUCGAUUUCAAGAAAAAAUAGGUGGGAUGAGACCCCUACUCCAGGACGAUUGAAUGAUUCAGAUGCAACCCCAGCUGCUGGUGGAGCUACUCCAGGAGCAACCCCUGCAGGAAUGACUUGGGAUGCCACACCGAAGCUGGCGGGUUUAGCAACUCCAACACCCAAAAGGCAGAGGUCGAGGUGGGAUGAGACUCCAGCUACUGUGGGCAGUGCGACACCAAUGGGAGGUGCUACCCCUGCUGCUGCCUAUACCCCAGGCGUUACUCCCGUUGGCGCUAUGGAUAUUGCUACUCCAACCCCGAAUGCUAUUAUGCGUAAUGCUGCAAUGACUCCUGAGCAGUACAAUUUGAUGAGGUGGGAGAAGGAUAUCGAGGAAAGAAAUAGGCCAUUGACUGAUGAGGAGCUUGAUGCAAUGUUUCCACAGGAGGGGUAUAAGAUUUUGGAACCCCCUCCUUCAUAUGUUCCUAUCAGAACACCUGCCAGGAAGCUUCUUGCUACACCGACACCGAUGUCAACUCCACUGUAUUCUAUUCCAGAAGAAAAUCGGGGUCAGCAAUUUGAUGUGCCAAAAGAGUUGCCUGGUGGUUUGCCAUUUAUGAAACCUGAGGAUUAUCAAUACUUUGGUUCACUUCUGAAUGAAGAGGACGAAGAGGAGUUGUCUCCUGAGGAGCAAAAAGAGCGGAAGAUCAUGAAGCUCUUGCUAAAGGUUAAAAAUGGUACGCCUCCACAGAGGAAAACUGCUUUGAGACAGCUCACGGAUAAGGCAAGAGAAUUUGGUGCUGGUCCGCUCUUCAACCGUAUUCUGCCACUGCUUAUGCAGCCCACACUGGAAGACCAGGAGAGACACUUGUUGGUGAAAGUUAUUGACAGGGUGCUCUAUAAGUUAGAUGAGUUGGUUCGGCCUUAUGUACACAAAAUUUUGGUGGUUAUAGAGCCUCUGUUGAUUGAUGAAGAUUAUUAUGCUCGUGUGGAAGGUAGAGAAAUUAUCUCCAAUCUCAGCAAGGCAGCUGGUUUGGCCACUAUGAUUGCUGCAAUGCGUCCAGACAUUGAUAACAUUGAUGAGUAUGUGAGAAACACCACUGCUAGAGCUUUUAGUGUUGUUGCCUCUGCACUUGGUAUUCCUGCAUUGCUUCCAUUCUUGAAAGCUGUUUGUCAAAGCAAAAAAUCUUGGCAAGCUCGUCACACAGGUAUCAAGAUUGUGCAGCAGAUUGCAAUAUUAAUUGGAUGUGCUGUUCUUCCACACUUGAGGUCAUUGGUUGAGAUUAUUGAACAUGGUCUUAAUGAUGAAAAUCAAAAGGUCAGAACAAUCACAGCGCUGUCAUUGGCUGCCCUUGCUGAGGCAUCUGCCCCAUAUGGCAUUGAAAGCUUUGACUCAGUAUUGAAACCUCUGUGGAAGGGUAUAAGGUCACACCGUGGGAAAGUUUUGGCAGCCUUCCUGAAGGCUAUUGGAUUUAUCAUACCACUUAUGGAUGCCAUAUAUGCCAGCUACUAUACCAAGGAAGUUAUGAUUAUUCUGAUUCGCGAGUUCCAGUCACCAGAUGAAGAAAUGAAGAAAAUUGUGCUGAAAGUGGUAAAGCAGUGUGUGAGUACAGAAGGUGUGGAGGCAGAUUAUAUCCGAAAUGACAUUCUUCCAGAGUUCUUCCGUAAUUUCUGGGUGAGGAGGAUGGCUUUGGAUAGGAGAAAUUACAGGCAGCUUGUUGAGACUACAGUGGAGAUAGCAAACAAAGUUGGUGUUGCUGAUAUUGUAGGAAGAAUCGUGGAAGACUUAAAAGAUGAAAGUGAGCCAUAUAGGAGGAUGGUCAUGGAGACAAUUGAGAAAGUGGUUGCAAACUUGGGGGCAUCUGAUAUUGAUGCUCGCUUGGAAGAGCUACUAAUAGAUGGAAUUCUCUAUGCAUUCCAAGAGCAGACAAGUGAUGAUGCUAAUGUUAUGCUAAAUGGGUUUGGUGCAGUUGUGAAUUCCCUUGGACAGAGAGUGAAGCCAUACCUUCCCCAGAUAUGUGGUACCAUAAAAUGGCGGCUCAACAAUAAGAGUGCAAAAGUGAGGCAGCAAGCCGCAGAUCUAAUAUCUAGAAUUGCUGUGGUUAUGAGACAAUGUGGAGAAGAACAGUUGAUGGGCCAUCUUGGUGUUGUAUUGUAUGAGUAUUUGGGAGAGGAGUAUCCUGAAGUUCUGGGCUCAAUAUUGGGUGCUCUCAAAGCCAUAGUCAAUGUUAUUGGUAUGACCAAAAUGACUCCUCCAAUCAAGGAUUUGCUUCCUCGGCUGACUCCAAUUUUGAAGAAUCGCCAUGAGAAAGUCCAGGAGAAUUGUAUCGAUCUUGUUGGAAGAAUUGCUGACCGUGGGGCUGAGUUUGUACCUGCAAGGGAGUGGAUGAGAAUAUGUUUCGAGCUUCUUGAGAUGCUUAAAGCACAUAAAAAGGGUAUUCGUAGAGCAACUGUGAAUACUUUUGGUUAUAUCGCAAAAGCUAUUGGACCACAAGACGUCCUUGCAACUUUGUUAAAUAACCUCAAGGUGCAGGAACGGCAGAACCGUGUGUGCACGACUGUGGCUAUUGCAAUAGUUGCCGAAACCUGUUCGCCUUUUACAGUUUUGCCUGCAUUGAUGAAUGAGUACCGGGUGCCAGAGCUUAAUGUUCAGAAUGGUGUUCUGAAGUCGCUCUCCUUCCUGUUCGAGUACAUAGGCGAGAUGGGGAAAGACUACAUAUAUGCUGUGACUCCAUUACUCGAGGAUGCUCUCAUGGACCGUGAUUUGGUUCACAGGCAAACUGCAGCUUCAGCAGUCAAGCAUAUGGCCUUGGGAGUUGCUGGUCUAGGAUGUGAAGAUGCUUUG